UGUGUCACAUGAUCGUGACGUCAGUCUGUGCAGCGGCGUUAAAGUGUGACAGUCGAGAGCAACUUCACCUCGCGACUGGCAUUCACAGACAGACAGACACAAAAUAAGUUUAAUCUUACAACCAGAAACGAGAACAUCUCUUCAUCACCUCAAAGUAAUCAGAGUUUGAGUUUCCUCCUCCUCCUCCUGCUGUCUGUUUGUGACGCUAACGUUAGCCUAGCUAGCACAACACCUAGCCACAGAGCUAGCUCAGUAAGCUAGCGGCGCCCUGUCUGUUGUUGUGUUGCUGUGAUUUCACUGACGAGCAGCUGGGACUGAAAACCCGACACAAACAAAAGGAAAAAACAUGUCUCAGAUCGGCGGUGUUCAGUCAUGGUGCCUGGGUGUAACGUUACAGCUGGUUUUAGCUGCCGUCCUGCACCAGGGUUUUGCUACUGUUGCCCCGCCCACAACUGCCCAGACCACUGCUGCACCGCACAAGGAGCCCGGCAGACCCGAGAAAGGAAUCUACCACGUCACCAGCAGCAAUGGUACUACCUGUUUACUGGCAUCCAUGGGUCUCCAGCUCAACAUCACCUUCAGCUCUGUCUCCCAGAAUAAGACGGUGCAGGACGUCGUGAACCUUCAGCCCAAUGUGACAGUAAGCUCUGGAUCAUGUGACUCAGAAAGCGCCUCCCUGCGGCUCACAACGGAUGCAGAGAAGACCAACCUCACCUUCUUCUUCAGCCUGAAUACUACGUCCAAUAAGUACCACCUGAGCGAGGUGUCUCUGUCAGCGCUCUGGCCAGACAUGAAAGAGCCCUUCUCGGCCCGUAACCGCAGUCUGGACUACCUGCGGGGAACCCUGGGGUACUCAUACAUGUGCCGUGAGGAGCAGACUCUGAAUGUGGCCCAGGACCUGUCCAUCAACACCUUCCAGGUGCAGGUGCAGCCUUUCGGCCUCACUGGAGAUCAGUUUGGAGCAGCUGAGGAAUGCCAGUUGGACGAAGAUGACAUGUUGAUCCCCAUCAUAGUUGGAGCUGCUUUAGCAGGUCUCGUCCUCAUCGUGCUCUUAGCCUACCUCAUUGGCAGGAAGAGGAGCCAUGCUGGCUACCAGACCAUCUGAGGUCACUUGUCACUCUCAUGUUCCCGCGAGGCCAGAGUGCACUAUCCCACCCUUGAGAUUAACCACUGUUUUACGAGACUUAACACCCCACCCAACUACCCCUGUCCGCCUCUGUCCCUCCAUCCUACCAUCUCCCUGCCUUUGUGUGUGCUGUUCUUUGCCCUCAUCGGUAACACUAGUCAUUAUCACUUUGUGGAGGUUGAUAUGCUCUUUCUGAACUGACUGCUCAUAGAAAAAAAGGGGGGGACUUUUUGGAGAUUGCAGUGAAAUGAGGAAAAAUCUCUUUAAUGGUACGAUGUGAAGCAGGGGAUGGGUGUUGAUCAGAAGGUCCAUGAGAGUUCUCAAGUUGUAGUUUACUAUUUAUAAUUUCUGUGAAAGGAAUUUUGAGGGAUUUAAGGGAAUUGCUGCUGUAGCUUUUCUUAUUUAUCUGCUUUUGGGUUGCCAUUUUUAAUGGCCUUGCCCUGAAUGAGGUUUGUUAUUGUAAAAGGGAAUAUUUCAGGCUGUUUAAUUUAAUCCACUUCAGACAGUUGGGAUCUGACAGUUUUUUUUUUAUUGCAACUCUGCAUUAAGCCCAAUAGUGCAGAUUUUAGGGAACAGACUAAAAACACAGUAACCCAUUCAUUAAGAGGAUAUGUGAGGGGUCUCGUUAGUGACCAAGACGGAUGUAGGGAUUUAUUUAGUCCACUGGGAUUGGUGAUGAUGGGUACUUCUCUCCCUCAUUAAGGUUCUGAACACAUUUUGUAUGGAGAGUACAAGUGCAGUUGUCAGCUUUGUAAGAUAAUUAUGUUUGGGCAGUUUGGCCUUUUUCACUUCCUUCUUAAAGGAAUAGUUUUUGACACCACUCUCAUGUUUGCUGAAUACGAAGCUACAGCCAGCUAGCGGUUAGCGUACUUUAGCACAAAGAAAGUGUUUUGUAAGGAUUAAACAAGAGAUACCUUGUGUUGAUUCGUGAGCUUUAGAGAUGCUGGUUGGCAGAUUUUGGCGAGAGCCGGGCUUGGCGUCUCCCCGUUUGCAGUCUUUAUGCUAAGCUAAGCUAACAUCUCCGUGCUGUAAUUUCAUAUUUACCAUACAGACAUGAGAGUGGUAUUGAUGUUCUCCUCUGAAUCUAGGCAAGAACAUGAAUUUCCCAAAAUAUCAAAGUAUGAGUUUAAGUGAGAGUAGCCUCUCUUUUGGAUUCUGCUGUUACAAUGCGCACACACACACACACACACAGACACACACGCACACAGACACACAGACACACAGACACACACACAGACACACACACACACACACACAGAGGAGUUGCUUAAACAAUCUAAAACAGUACUGUCUUAGGUGGACAAAAAAGCUCAGGACAUCACUGUCAGAACGUAAUAAUGUUGUUGUUGUAAGUGUUACAGUCCACCGGGUGGUUUCUGUUUGUUUUUCCUUCCCCCUGAAUGUGGGUCCACUUGGGAUUUUGGUUGCUGAAGGGAAAGAAGUUGCACUAAAGUCCGGAGAAACAGCCCCAUGUAAUGAUUAAAGUGGCCAAAUAUGCUCUGGUCAGUGUUCAUCAGUGCCUUCCCAGCUGUAACAUAGAUGGGAUUAAAGUAAAGCCAAUACCACAGACAUACUCACUCACUCACUCACUGACACCGUGUGCUGUCAUGUCUGGGUCAUUUUCUUUGUGUCACACAUGGCCUUCAUGUACUGUUACUACCAUAAAUACACAUUGUUUGAUGUAGUAGAAGAAGUGUUUUUUUAUGUGCCCCCCCCCCCCAUCUAAAUAUCCAUGUAGUGAUUUAAUAAGGUUUUAAUGGAAUUGUUUGAACUGUUUUCUAAAGGAGAGGACAAUAAAAGUGACUGAAUGAC